GGAAGAUGCUUAAGCUUACGGUAGAGAUUGAUCGGUUGUGGGGUGGCUGUGAGAUGUCGCAGGUAGUUCAUUGGAGCGGUGCUUUGCUGCAGACACCCCAUCGCGCCGUCAAACAGCAGUCCACGUGCCCGUCCGAGAUCUACUGCUCGUGGUGGUCUCAUG